AUGCAGUCCGAAACGCUGUUUUUGAAGCCAAUAUUCGAGGACAUCGCUGGCAACCAAGUCGACUUCUUCUACAUCAAUGCACCAUAUCUCUCAGUCCCAACAGCCUCGGGCGAACCAACAUAUGCAUGGUGGGAUCCGAAAGACCCCGAGCGAACAUUCGACUAUCUCUCCAAGGUACUUGACAAGGAGGGACCCUUUGAUGGCAUCAUCGGUUUCUCACAGGGUGCCACGGUUGCCUGCCUGCUUGCCGCGUUCCUGGAGAGGCCCAAGGGCAUGCGCCCCUCGACAUUCACCACCUUCCACGGCCCGCUGCGGCUAGUCAUCUCAUACAGUGGCUAUCACGAGGACGACGAGCGUCUGCAGAAAUACUACAAUCCAAUCAUCAAGACGCCAAUUUUCCACUUCAUCAGCUCCACAGACCCGGUCGUUGCAGAGGAGAGAUGCUUCCGCUUGGUAAAGAGAUGCGAGGACGUCAACGACCGGGUUAUUGUGUAUCGAGGUUCGGGGUUCCACAGGGUGCCCGCCACGAAGAUGACAGCGCAGGCGCUGUCGAGAAUUCUGGUUGAAGUUUUGGAUCCUGAUUAUUAUUGA